AUGACCCAAUAUGAAACCAUUCUAUUUUUCAAAGGCUUAAGUUUGACACAGGAAAAACUAUGGCAGUGGUAUUGUAGACAAUUACAUAAAUUAUGCCUUCACACUAACUAUAGAGAAGAUGAGCUCAUUCAAUCAACUCCAAAGGAUUGCAGAAUGGAUAAUACUAUCUGCAACCAAAACAUUAUUUUUUAUAUCCUUAAUGAUGAAAAUUCUAUGCACAAGUUUCCCCAAACCACAUCACGUAAGCUGAUCUCAAGUCAAACAUCUCCAAACAAAGCUUACACACCAUCUUUAACAAAAUUAUAUCAACAUUCUAAUGCAAGAAAACUUUCAAAAAGGAGCUAUUACUUUGAAAGUGGCAUCAUAAAACCUAUGAAGCACCAAUUAGGCUAG